AUGGCUCCUCUCAUCUUAACGUGCGGCACAGCAACAGACUUCUCCGCCGCUAUCCCUCCUCUUCUGGUUUCUCCCCUCAUCGGCGCAACAGCAGACUACUCUGCCAUUUUCCCUCCUCCUCUGGUUUCUCCCCUCAUCGGCGUAGCAGCAGACUACUCUGCCAUUUUCCCUCCUCUGGUUUCUCCCCUCAUCAGCUCAGCAGCAGACUACUUUGACAUUUUCCCUCCUCCUCUGGUUUCUCCCCGGAUCGGCUCAGCAACAGACUACUCCGCCACGUUCCCUCCUCCUCUUGUUUCUCCCCUCAGCGGCUCAGCAGCAGACUACCCCGCCCUUAUUCCUCCGCAUCUUAUACCUCUCCCCACAUCUGCUCUGCAGCUGUUUCCUCCUCCUCAUGGCGACCUCUCUCGCCCUCCCCUCCCUCCCUCUCAGAGUGGUUCUGUCGCCAUUCCUACCUCUCCCUCUGCACCCACCUCUUCCUCCUCUGACCCCUAUGCUGAUGGCCUCCGUGUUGCCAUUGCUGAAACUGAGAGGCUUGUGGCCACGGCGCAAGCCACCGCCACGGCUGCUCCUGAGAAUGGUGCUGCCCGUGACUUAGCUCGUAUUCUUACUGAGUCCCUCGAGAGCACCCGCAAGCGCCUCACUGAGCACCUCGCUGCCCCUUCUCCUCGCUCUGCCUCUACGCCCCUUUCUUGCUCGCACAUCUGCUAUGCCAAGGACCUUCUCGGCUAUCUCACCGAGCGCUUUCAGUCACAGACUCCCAUCAGCGUCAUUGCCCUCUUACGCGAGCUCAUCUCUGUUCGUCUUGCUGACUUCACCACCAUGGCAGACUACAUCGCUCGUGUGCAGACGCUGUCCUCCCAACUUUCCACUCAACAGUUUGAACUUUCCGAUCAUGUCUGCGGUGCCCUCCUCCUCACAGGCCUCACUCCUGAAUACAGUGUUCAUGUCGCCUUAUAUGCUGAUGCUCUUUCCCUCCCUCACACUCUUGAGUUUGUUCUUGACAGUGGUGCUACUGGCUCUGUCUUUCGUGAUGCUGGUGUGCUUCGCUCUUUUCCCCAUCCAUCUCCACUCAAGGGGCUGGGGAUACCAUGA